AAUGUCCAAUUAGUGUUGUUCUCUCUCUCCCCCCGUCACCCAGAGAGAGAGAGACCAGGUCCCUGUCCCUGUCUUCACUGUAGAGACUCAGCCUCGGUUGUGGACAAGUAAAGCAAUGUACAAAUCGCAACUGCAAGAGCUGUGCCACCGGCGAUUAUGGAACUUGCCGGACUAUCAGAUGACCAAAGAAGGACCCGUUCACAAUCCUCGCUAUAGUGCUAACAUCAUCAUCAAUGGGGUUGAAUUUCAGACGCCGUCGCCUUGCAGAACCUCCAAAGAAGCCCAAAAUAAUGUAGCCAAGCUCGCAUGCGAGCACUUCUCUCACCCAAAGUCCGAACCUUCUUCCUCUCCCCUGGCUUCGAAUUCUUCUUCUGUUCCUCAAUCUUCUCUGCCUCAGCCUUCGUUUCCGCAGCCGUCUUUUCCGCCAACUCCGUUUUCUCUUCCGCAGCCUUCAGCUCCGACAUCUACUGCUUCAUCUUCUCCAGCCAUUGGUGUUGUUGAGACACUUUACAAAAAAAAUGUGACAAAACCCGAGGUGCCAAAUGCAUCCCAACCGAUUGAGAUGAAAAUGCCUAUCGCAUCAGAAAAAGAUAACAUAACAACUGGGAAUCAGAAGAAUGAUUCAAUGAGUUCUGUGAUAGACAUGCAGCGUUUGUAUAAGAAUCAGCUACAAAACUAUUCUCAAAAAAGAAACCUAAAUCUGCCUGAAUAUUCUACUGAGCGGGAGGGUCCUCCUCAUGCCAGUCGUUUUAAGUGUAAAGUCACAAUAGAUGGGCAAACUUUUGAGAGUCCUCAAUUUUUCCCUACAUUGAAGGAUGCUGAACAUGCAGCUGCAAAAGUUGCUCUGAUGUCAUUGCAAGUUGCUGGAGCUCAAGAGGAUGAUAUCGGCUUAUACAAGAACCUUUUACAAGAACUAAUUCAAAAGGAAGGACUUCGUUUACCUGUUUAUAGCACUACUAAAUCUGGGGAGGCUCAUAUGCCCACAUUUGUUUCAAAUGUGGAGAUAGAAGGAGUGCUUUAUACUGGACAAGAAGCAAAAACCAAGAAACAGGCUGAGAUGAGCGCAGCCAAAGUUGCUUACACAAAUUUAAAAGAACGCAAAGGUAAGCUAAAUCAGAGCUCUUUGAUUCAGCCCCCUCCUCAUCGAACAAAGGCUCCUGCAUUGUCAUCUUGCAGCUCAGAGUCAACUGUCCCAACUCACCAACACCAUGCCAAUUCAAAGUCUCCUAUUAGUUAUAACCCUAACUCGGUGACUCAGAACCAAUAUCAGGACAAGGCUACAGAUUGCGCUGCAGAAGUUAAAAGCUAUCACACUGCUCACCCAUUUUCAGAACACGUCACAGUUACAAGUGGCAGAGAUUCUGCUUCAUCUGAAAUUACUACUGGCCGUGUAGAAACCGCUUACAUAUCAAAUGUCCAGUCUUCACCUUCACUCUCUAAGAGCGACAAUUUGGCAAGAGGCUCAGAUGGCAAGCCUUCAAGUGCAGCUAACACCUCAACCUGCAAAAAGGUUACUGUUUACUCACGCAAGACAAACGUCGAGAUUGCUUCAGGGGGCACUGUCUUGUCGAUAAGUGACGAGAACUGGGUUGCUUACUCCUAUCCUGAGUGAGAUUUGCGAGGUGCAGGCUCAAACUGGCAUCAUAGGUUGGAAGCGAACCGAAUUGAAACAAAUACUAAAUGUGCCGUGGUUAUUGCCAGAGGUUUGCUUUUGACUAUGAUGUCUCUAUUUUUGUUCUUAAACAUCAUUGUAAUUACCUUGUCAAAAUAAUAAUGAGGGUAAUCAUGGGGAUUACAGGUCAUAAUUUUUCUAUCCUUGGCUCUGAAUUACAGGUCUAGGUUAGAUUUUGUAAAAUAAUGCUUCUUGUCGUCAGACACUCCACCCUUAUUGAGCACAUUUUAACUUGUACAAAAUCAUGACAUCUUCUGAUUUUUUUUUAA